AAUCUCCUCACAACCCAACUUCCCCAUCUAGGGCCAGCGCACUCUCCUCCUCCCCUCCUCCGCCGCCGUCUCCGCCGCCUCCAGCCAUCGAUCCCGGCGAGCCAGCGACCGAGCAGGCCUAGCCACCAUCCUUCUCGCCCCCCACCGGCGUUCGCCGACUCUGUUCUUGCUGCUGUCUCGAGGAGAGUUGCUGUUUGAUCGGCCAUGCCGGACAACAACAACCUCGAGGAUCUGCUGCUGCAGGCGGCGGGGCGGACGACGGGGGCGGGGAAGGGCGGCGGGGCACGGGGGCCGUCGUCGGGCCAGGGCCAGCGGUGGUCGUCGCAGCAGCAGCAGCGGGGGAGGCGCGGGUCGUCGUACUCCGGCGGGAGCGGCUCGGACGACGACGGCGGCGGCGGCGGCGACGGGGGCGACUCCGACGACUCCGACGCCGCGCCGACCCUCUCGAGGAAGCGGCCGCCGUCGGGGUCGCAGGUGCCGCUCAAGAAGCGGCACCAGCCGGAGAAGGGCGGAGGGAGAGGUGGUGGUGGUGGUGGGUGGAAGGAGGGCGACGACGAUGACGACGACGACGACGACGACGAGCUCGACGAGGGGAGGCGCAGCGGCGAUGACUCAGACAGCGCGCCGUCGGUCGGGAGCGACCUGUACAAGGACGAGGACGACAAGGAGCAGCUGGAGAAGAUGUCGGAGCUGGACAGGGAGAUGAUCCUGGCGGAGCGCGGCGCGCGGAUCGACGACUACAAGCUGAAGCAGCUGGCGAGGGCGUCGUCGUCGUCGUCCAAGGCGGACAAGUCGCGGAGGGACAGCAGCCCUCCGCCGCCGCCGAGCCGCGCGCGGUCGUCGGCCAGGACCGACAGGUCCGCCGCCAAGAGCGCGCUGGACGAGCUGCGGGCCAAGCGGAUGAGGCAGCAGGACCCGGAGGGGUACCGUAACAGGUUCAAGGAUUUGAUCCCGCAGAGCGGCUCUCCGCCGAGGCGCAGGGCCGGAAGCCCGCCCAGCGACGGUAGUAAUGAUGGUGAUAACAGGGGGAGGAUCACCGAUGAAACCCGGGAUGAUGAGUUUGAUGAAUCGCCAAGCAGGCUUGACCCUCUGAAGUUUGACGAUGUGAAGAGUAUAACCCUCAGGAGAUCAAAGCUUGUGAAAUGGUUCAUGGAGCCGUUCUUUGAGGACCUUGUGUCUGGGUGCUUUGUGCGGCUUGGGAUUGGCAAGUCAAAAUCAGGGACCCCUGAUUACAGGCUAUGCAUAGUUAGAAACGUGGAUGCGAAUGACCCUGACCGGAAGUACAAGUUGGAGGGCUACACGACGUGCAAGUACCUCAAUGUUGUGUGGGACAAUGAGGCUAAUGCUGCUCGGUGGCAGAUGACUCAAGUAUCAGACUCCUUUCCCAGUGAAGAGGAGUUCAAGAAGUGGCUACAAGUGGCUGAGAAGAAUGGUGUGCGAGUACCGACUCGGCAGGAUGUAUUGGAGAAGAAAGAAGCCAUUCAACAGGCCUACAACUUUGUGUAUUCAGCACAUACUGUACAGAAGAUGCUAAAAGAGAAGAAAUCAGCUAUCAGACGUCCUAUCAAUGUUGCUGCUGAGAAGGAUCGGUUGAGGAAUGAGUUGGAUAUGGCCAUUGCCAGGAGGGAUGAAGCUGAAGCAGAAAGGAUCCGUUCAAAGCUCAAUCAGCUGCAGAAGAUGUCGAAGCCAAUAUCAAAUAAUGAGAAGGCUGCCAAGUUGGAGGCGAUGAACAAGAAGAACCGUGCUGAGAACUUCAAGAACGCAUCAGAAAUGAAGCCCGUUAACACGAGUUUGAAGGUUGGAGAGGCUGGUUAUGAUCCCUUUUCAAGGAGAUGGACAAGAUCAAGAAAUUACUACGCAGCAAAGCCUGAAGGAGAGAGCGCUGAAGUCCCCAACGGGAACGAUGGCAGCGCAGUAGCUGGCGAUGAAGAUACGAAGAACGGGCCGCGAGGUGGUUCAGCAGCCACUGCAGCGGCUCUAGUGGCAGCUGCUGAUGCCGGUAAGCUGGUUGAUACCAAUGCACCUGUAGAUCUGGGAACGGAAUCGAAUUUGCUGCAUAAUUUUGAGCUCGGUAUAUCAUUGGCCGGCCUGGAAGAAUUCGGCGGUCCCAAGGGUCUCUUCGAUGGUUACAUGGCGAGGAAGCAGAAGAUUGAAGCAACCAUGGGUUACAAGGUCCCUGACAAUGAUGGAAGGAGGCAUGCUCUAACUCUGACCGUCAGUGACUACAAAAGAAGACGGGGUUUACUCUGAACUUCUCAAGUUAUCUGUGCCUCUGCCUGCUGUUCGAUGGAUUCAUCUGCCUCUUUGGCCACAAAGUUCAUCAGCUGAUCGGCACCAUGCCAUUGUGACUACUUGUCCAGAUCAAUUUGCAUUUUAGCCUUGAGUGUAUGUAACAUGAUGAGACAAGCAAGGUUACACAUUUUCUUUUCAUAAACAGGACCUGUAUGCCUGAAUUGUGUUGAUGACAAUUUCCGCAUUAAUAUUUGUGGAGUGAGUCCUUCUGUUAUUUAGUUUGUUACCCUUGUUGCUCUGCAUAAAACAUUUAUGCAGCGGAUAUUGGGAGACUAGACUAAGAGGUACAAAUAUUCUAUGUUGUAUACUUAUAUGCCAAAAGGAAAAAAAAAACAUGUGUCAAGUUAUGAAAGUUCCUAAUGUUCCUUAA